CCCAGCGUUGCCAUGGCAACGGCUCAUCUCUUCUGCAGCAGAGGCAAUGUCUGCCUGCGGGGACCAAGGGAAGGAGCCCUACACUUUCCACCAUCUCCCUCAAAAGGGCUUCCAGGCCUUGGAGAGCAGGGAGACCAGGGACCUCCUACUCAAAUGGUCUAUGGAUGGCAGAAUCACAAUACAGGCAUUCAGCUUUGACCAGAAUUUCAAAGGCUAUCAGCGAGAUGAUUUUAUUAUGGACUUUUUAAAUCAUCCAGAAGUUAACCGCAAUUUGAAGUUGCUUUCGUCUUCUGGACAGUGGACUACAUUAGAUAUUAAUGUGAGAAAAGUUGAGGUCGAGGCUCUUCUGUGUACACAGGUUUCUAUGUCAUUUUUUGAUCGAUUAUACUGUGAAGGAGUUAUUCGACAAAAUGGAAAUAUUGUAAAGUGUUAUGAUGAAUAUCAUGAUGAAAUUCUUAUUGCAGAUGAAUUAAGAAAGGUUCUACUUCUUGAAGAUUCAGACCACUAUGACUUGUUUAGCCAUUCAGACCGUGAGGAGUUUCUGUUCUGUCUUUUUAAACAUCUUUGCAUUGGAGGAGUUCUCUGUCAAUACGAAGAUGUUAUUGGUCCAUACUUAAAAACAACAAAGGCUUUAUAUAAAGAUCUAGUGAGUGUUCAAAAGGAUCCUGAAACAAAGAAAAUAAAUAUAAUAUCUACUGUCUUUAAAGUCUGGGCAUACGAUGCUAAUGGCCUUUGUUAUCCAUCAUCCAACAGACAUGAACAGAAUUUUGCCUAUUUUAUUGUGAAUCCUUUGAAACGACACAUCUAUGUUUUGUACCACUCAUUUGGCGAAGCUUUGUUCUGUAACUGACUCUUCUUGGUUCUUCAAGUAUAUUUGAUUAAUAGUUGAAUUCUCUUUAAAUAUAAUUUGUCAAAGAGAUCUACAUUAUCUACACAUGGAAUACAUUUAGACUGUUUUUUCUAAUGUGCUCAGUGUGAUUUUAGAGGCAUAGUUUAUAUUAUUAAUAUUGCAGACUAUACAUCCAUGUCAAUACUGGUACAAUAUACUAUCUGAAACAUUUUGCUGUUGCUGAAUUAUAUCCCACCUGUAUGCAAAGAUGUUUUCCACUCUAUUUGAAACUAUUAUAUUGCCAUUUUCUUCAGCUUUUAAAAACUAUAAAUUAAAAUAAAUUAAAACUUUGUAAAUACAUA